GCCCGCGCGCCAAUAGGUGGACCCCUCCCGGAGGAUAAAACCGCGGCGCCCGCGCCGCCAGUCCCUCUGGCUGAGACCCGGCUCCGGAGCCACUGCUCAGCAUCUCCUGCCCGAGCCAGAGCCCCCCAGGUCGCACGGCCCUUCCCACCCCCGAACACCAUGGGCAAGGAGAAGACCCACAUCAACAUCGUGGUCAUCGGCCACGUGGACUCAGGCAAGUCCACCACGACAGGCCACCUCAUCUACAAAUGUGGGGGCAUCGAUAAGAGGACCAUUGAGAAGUUUGAGAAGGAGGCUGCCGAGAUGGGGAAGGGCUCCUUUAAGUAUGCCUGGGUGCUGGACAAGCUGAAGGCGGAGCGGGAGCGCGGCAUCACCAUUGACAUCUCCCUCUGGAAGUUCGAGACCACCAAGUACUACAUCACCAUCAUUGACGCCCCGGGCCACCGAGACUUCAUCAAGAACAUGAUCACUGGCACGUCCCAGGCGGACUGCGCUGUGAUCGUGGCGGCAGGAGUGGGUGAGUUCGAGGCGGGCAUCUCUAAGAACGGGCAGACCCGGGAGCACGCGCUGCUGGCCUACACGCUGGGCGUGAAGCAGCUCAUUGUGGGGGUCAACAAGAUGGACUCCACGGAGCCUGCCUACAGCGAGAAGCGCUACGACGAGAUCGUCAAGGAGGUCAGCGCCUACAUCAAGAAGAUUGGCUACAACCCGGCCACCGUGCCCUUCGUGCCCAUCUCCGGCUGGCACGGCGACAACAUGCUGGAGCCCUCCCCCAAUAUGCCGUGGUUCAAGGGCUGGAAAGUGGAGCGUAAGGAAGGGAACGCCAGUGGCGUGUCCCUGCUGGAGGCCCUGGACACCAUCCUGCCCCCCACACGCCCCACGGACAAGCCCCUGCGCCUGCCCCUGCAGGACGUGUACAAGAUUGGUGGCAUUGGCACUGUGCCUGUGGGCCGAGUGGAGACGGGCAUCCUCCGACCUGGCAUGGUGGUGACCUUUGCACCUGUGAACAUCACCACGGAGGUGAAGUCGGUGGAGAUGCACCAUGAGGCUCUGAGCGAGGCCCUGCCUGGCGACAACGUUGGCUUCAACGUGAAGAACGUGUCUGUCAAGGACAUCCGCCGGGGCAACGUGUGUGGGGACAGCAAGUCCGACCCUCCCCAGGAGGCCGCCCAGUUCACCUCCCAG